AUGAAGCCGGGCCCCCCUCAGCGGAUAGUGCCGUCGUCGCUGCUGCUCAGGGUGUUCAACGUCCUGCUGCUGCUCAGCUGUUCGCCGGUGGGCAGCAUCACGGCCCACGGUGCUGUUGCAGGGGCGAAGGCCGACGACAGCGGCGGCGCGAAGGAGGCGGCGCCGCCGUCGGCGUCGGCGCUCCGGUCCGGGGCGGAACUGGCCAUCUCCAAGGGGGAGCACGAGAAGGCGAUCCGCCUCUUCUCGCAGGUGAUCGAGCUAGAGCCGAAGAACGAGCGGAACUUCUACAAGCGCUUCCGCGUGUUCCUAUCGAAACGCAAGUACGCCGAGGCCAUCCAGGACCUUUCCCGGGCGCUAGAGCUCAAGCCCAAGUACAAGCAGGCGUUGGCCCAGCGCGCGAAGCUGCUUCGCAUGAUGGGUCACUGCGAGGAAGCCGCCAAGGACUACGCCGCCCUCGAGGUGAUCGACCCCAAGCACGCCGACCUCGAAACCCUCUACCCCCUGGCGAUCACCUGCGCGCAGCGCUUGGCUGAGGGGGGCGCCGCGGAAGCGCAGAAGAACUGGGAGGCUGCCGCGGAAGCGUACGACGCCAUCCUGGACGAGCAGCUUGACCUUGUCGGGGCGGAGCUCCUCAUCCGGCGAGCCCGGUGCCACUUCGCGCUCGGGCGGUGGCUGCAGGCCGCGGCGGACGCGGGAAGGGCGGCGAAGGUGGCGGCGGAGGCAGACGACGACAAGGCGGCAAGAGAGCGGGCGGAGGCGUUGGAGCUGCGAGGGCGGUGCUACAUUCAACUCGGGGACUACGAGCUAGCUGGCAACCACUUCCGACAGGUCCUUCUCGACGACCCCGACAACGGUCCUUGCCGCGAGCAGCACCGGCGUUGUCGCGCCGUGGUGAAGAAGGUGGAGGCCGGCGCCGAGCUGCUUAGCAGCGGCGACGUCGCCGGCGCGACGGAGGCGUGGAGGGCCGCGACGGCGCUGGAGCCGGACAAUCCGGCGUUGUUGGGGCCGUUGCUGUUGAGGAUUGCUUCGGCGCAUCUCGGCGCGAAGGACUGGGCCGAGACCAAGAGGGCCGCGCAGGAGUGCCUCAACACACACCCCGAUGGAGAGGUUGGGGCUCAGGCGGAGAUCGUGAUGGGAGAUGUCCACCAGGAGGCUGAGGAGUUCCAAGAGGCGGUGAACGCCUACGCCAGAGCGGAGACCAAGGUCAAGGAGAUCGGCAUGGAGGUCUUGGACCAGGCUAGAGCGAAGCUCAAGCAGGCCAACAUCUUGCUGGAGCAGAGCAAGAAGAAGCAGUACUACAAGGUUCUUGGGGUCCCACGAAAUGCCGACCUGGCUCAGAUCAAGAAGGCAUAUCGAGACCUGGCCAAGAUCCACCACCCGGACAAGGUGCAGGGAGAAGAGGAAAAGCUAAAGUCGGAGAAGAUUUUCCAGGAGGUUGCCGAGGCGUACGAGGUGCUGGGAGACGAGGAGCUCCGCGGAAAGUACGACCGAGGAGAAGAGGUGUUCGACAACCAGGGAGGUGGCGGGGGGCAACGCAGAGGCGGUCAGCAGUUCCACUUCAACCACGGGGGCGGGAGGCAACACUUCCAGCGCACGCACGUCCGUUUCGGCUGAGGAUGUGGCGCGUGGUGAUGAUGUCUUGACGCUGUUGGCAAGCACCAAGUUGGAAGUGCUACUAGUUUCGCUUGGUCCCUCCGCAAUAGCGUUAACUGUUGGGUGUUUUUGUCGUGACGUGCCCCCACCCCGGACGUACCGUUGCUGGAUGUUCUUUGUCGGCGUGCUGCGGCAAGUCGCGGACAGCACGAGGGCGUUGGGGUCUUGUACGUAUGUGUGGAAUAGCAUUAGGAGACAGGACCGACCGCACCCGUAACGUAACGGUCUCAGUUUAGUGUCGUCGGGAAUACCUCAGGAGUGUUAAGUCAGUAUGACGCAAUUAAAAGAGAGAGACCACUGGCCUCUCGUUUUUUUUUUUUUCAACUGUGCAAGGCAUGGUCGGUGGGCGUAGUCUUGAGGUGGGGUGAGGGUUGUGCGACAUCACGCUUGUAAUCUUGCCGGGUGACGGCAAAUGAGCA